GCUGUCCAUCUCCCAUUCCUUCCCUGAGCCUUCUUCCAUCUCCUUCCGUCUCAUCUGCAUCUGCUAUGGCGACUUGGCUCUCCAUACUCACCUAAUAACUCACCCAUUCUUCGUUCCUGUGCUGCCACCGUAGCAACGGUUCCACCCGCCAGCUCAUUCACUCUUAUCGCCGGAUUCGUGACGUCUCAGGAGACAACGGCCCCGGUUUAUUUGAACCCAACUACUGCGACAAUUGCUCUCAUCUGCUUGUCGCAUCACCUUGUGUCUUGAUCACCGACCACGGUGUUCUCCGCUUAUCUGUCAUCACGCUUCCUUAUCGUAAUCAGCGACUUCUACACCGCAACUCUGGCUGAAGAUGAAGUUUCUGCCAUUGCCCGAGUUUGAAGACGUGACGAGUUCUCUCAAUUUCGACACUGCCGAUUGUCACAUUGUCGGAGGAUGCGAUCUGUACACCACAAAGGCUGCUCGAGCCGAUCGGAAACUGUACAAGAACAUUGAGCAGUCGCUUGAGUCCCAAUAUGAAUCGGUUCUCCGCCUGUCAGCUUCGCUGUCACCUCCCAACGCAUCGGACGCGGCUGCCUCGCUCAAUCUAUCUCGGUCGAGUCCGUUCGGUCCCCUGAGCGACCAUUCCAGUCGACGAACAUUUGCCUAUUUGAUCGCGACAUUAAAUGCCAGUCAUCCGGAUUAUGACUUCUCCCAUGUGCUGCGCCCAUCGGACUUCCAUCGUGAACGGAAUCUGAAGCGAGUUAUGAACACGAUCGAUUCGACACUGUUCAACCUUCGGCCACGUGAGGCAAUCGAUCUGACACCUCCAUCUCCCGUGACGAUCUCGGGUUCCUACAAUGCGGGCGCGUCUUCUACGUGGGGGCCGAGAAUGUGGAGAGUUAUCGAUGAACAUAUGUCUCUCAAGGAGUGCUCCCUCUAUUCGUUUUCGCCGGAUGAGGAUCCGUCGGAUGCGGACGAUGGGGCAAUUUGGAGUCUCCAUUACUUCUUUUUUAACCGACUACGGAAACGCGUCUGUUAUCUGUAUCUACGAGCGAUCCCUAUUCUCAGCCACACGCCCAGCGAGGGACUUGCCACGCCGACGACGAAGAGAACGUAUGACGACGGAUACCUGACACCGGAACUUGCCUCGAGCAAGCGGGCUCGCUACUGGCUGGGUGAGGGCGUUGAACUCGAGAGCGAAAGCGACGAGGAAGCCAGUGGGUCGAAGCCCACGCGUCCAGUCGUGGACGAAUACGACCACUACCUGCUCAGCGAUGAGGAGUUCCGGUCCCGAUCGGGCAGCAAGGGCACCGUUCGGGCCAUGAGCGAGGAAAUCGCUGACUCGAUGGAGGUCUAAUCCUCCCUUCCCUUCUAUCUUGACUGUUUAUUUUCACCUUUCAACCAACCCGGCCCUUCUCGUUUGCCAUUUGGCCGUUUUGUUCAGCUGCCUAUUCUCGUUUGGUUCGACUGCUCGGCGUAAUUGUUUUCUUGUCUGCUGCAUUCAACCUGCAUUUGCACCGGCUAGGGGCGUUAUACUCGGCAACCGGAAGGAAGGGAAGGAAAGCCCCCUAAUUGUAAUUGAACGGCUGUUGGUCUAAUGAUGAUGAUGACGACGAACGACGUGCUGCGUCACGGCAAUCCGAUGCGGCGCUCAAGGGCAGGUUCCACAACGGCGGGCGUUGUCAUUCUUCUGUUUCCUUCCUGUACUUAUUACAAAUUGAUAUUUUUGCCUCUCUGGACUUUAUCACGUAGACGGUUAGACAGAAGAAAAUGCUAUUUAUAGAUCAGAC